CAACCGGAUUGCAGAUGUUGCACAAAGAAUAAUCUUAAAAGUUGUGAUAUGUUUAUAUUGAUGCUGAACUGAACCAAUUCGGCUUUAUGUACACACUUAUUGUGUACAUAAUGUCAUUGUCCAGAUUUAAUUAGGUACUAAUUAUCACUUUCAUGUUAGUAGAUAGUCGUCACCGUGGAACAGUAAGUAACCUGAAAUUAUCCAUCUCCACUUCAGAGCAAUGUUGAAUAAUUUGCUAACCAAUUCUCUCCAGCUUUACUUUCUCAUGUGCAUAAUACCUACAUAUGUCCAUCAGUGCUGUAUAAUUAUUUACUGCACAGACGAGACGGGCAUCAUUAAAUUACUCCAGUUUCCGCCCGUGGUCAAAUCCUGUGAUUGACGACUAUAGUAAUUAAACACGUUGUGAAGUACAUCACGCAAUUCUUUCAAGAGAUGGUUCGUUGCUGGUGGUUAGUUGAUCUUGGUUUCAUUCACACUCUGGCCGACUAAAAAAUCUCAUCGUCUCAAGUCUCAAACCUGCCAACUGCCAGUCAGUCAGUCAGUCUCAUCACUCUGCUUCUUCUUCUUGUGCGUAUUUUUUGAUCUCUGGUCAGAAGUGGUUGUUUCAGAAGAUAUGGUCUCAUCUUUCCAUCAUCACGAGUUAACGCGUUGUAGGUAUUUACAAGUAUACGCACCGGUUAGAGGCACCUUGAGAUCUCCACUUUCGCACAGAUUGGAUUUUAUGGCAAAAAUAAAAGCACUCAUUCUUCUAAAUUAUAGGUUAUAGUCAAAACAUAUUUUUGCAUAACAGUUUUUAACAGUGAACAAGAGGAGUAUGUACCUAGUUUCAUAUUUUAUUGGCACUAUGGACGCCUUCUAGCAAAUACGACAUGCAUAACGUGUCAGUUUAGUUUUAAGUGCUACAAGAUAAAUGAAGUUGAAAACUGUUCAGUUCAGUUUCGAUUUAUUUUCCGUACAAUUUCCAGAACCCCCAAGUAAAUAACACCAGUUCGAGGGCAUCAUUACGUUUCAAGGAGUUGGUUAACUUGACAGCAUUAGCACCACUGUUGCAAAACCAGAUGCCAUUAUCUUACCGUAUACAGAUUUACAUAUAUGUGGAAAUAGGUAAAAGUGCAGAAUCACUAUCGUGCUUUUAAGAACUUGUCUCAGGUUUGUCUCGACUUUGCAACGUCUUCAUAAUUUGAAGACAAAAGGUUUCAACCGUUGUUUCGUUUAGUGACAGACGUGCUUUCAAGUACAAAAUAGGAGCAGUGAUGUGCAACUAAGUAAAAAACCGUAGGUGUUGUACCAUUAAUUGAGACCUCUUUGUGAGUGGAACAUGUUAUGAAACCGUGUUAAUUAAUUCUGACACCAAACGAUGAAGCUGUGCGGAGUGACAGAAGUGGUAUUAUUCGCCCUGGUGGGGGUCACCAUUGGAGAAUACAAACAAGACAACAAACCCUCCCAAUCUAGCAACGCUGUUACUCCUAAAAAGGCUCCACUGCCAAUUCCUCGUGAACAAAGAGAUCUAAAUUCCGACACCAAUUCACAAAAUGGUGAUGAGAAUCACAUGAAACUUUUGCCAUGGAUCGACCUGGAAAUGACCCUGCCUCCGAGGGAAGAAGGAAGCAGCGACGAGUCUCACGAAGUGUCCGAGUUAAGUCUCGAGCUCAGAUUUGACGAUGACACGCCAACCUCAAAGAUGACCAUUGUUGACCCCAACAUAACAUGGAGUGGGGAUGGAAAGCAUCAAAUUACAAUCAGACCGAUGGAUCAUCAUCCACAAAACAGUAAUGGAAAAACGCCUUCGGAAAAACAAUCCAUAUUUUCAACCACUACUGAAACACCACCCCCGAAAUCAAGGAAGGAAGACGUAUUUAUGCCACCACCACCACCCGCACAGAUUUGUAAUUGUCCAGACAUUGAAGAAAUCAUUGACGCUGUUCUUCAUGCCAAUAUUUUGAAAGGGACCAAAGGUGACCGGGGUGAAAGAGGAAUGAAUGGAAUUCCUGGCCUAUCCAUCCAAGGACAAAAAGGAGAGCCGGCCAUUCCAGUCAUGCCGCAUCAUUCCAUGCAGAGUGGGAGUGGUGGUGGUAGCAGAGGGGAACAAGGCUUGCCAGGUCCGAGGGGACCACCAGGCUUCUGCAAUCCCAAAGACUGCUCUGAGGGAGCACCAAAUCCUAAUAAAUGGAGGAAUCCAGCCUUCGAACCUCCGCCUUCGGUUCAAAGGCCAAGUAUUCCUUCAGACCAGUUGUACAAAAUUGUGCCAGGAGCAUUGGUUUUUCCAACGAGGAUGGCAAUGUUACAGAUGCAAGCACACAGUUUCAUUGGCACAGUCGCGUUCGUAGAGGAAGAGGAAUUAUUCUAUGGGAGAGUGAAAAGUGGAUGGAAAUCUUUCACAAUGGGCAGUCGAGUUCACCGAGUAAUAUUAACAUCUCCCAACUACAAAGUACCACCAACAAUUGAAAAACCAAUUGCCAAACCAACUCCGCCACGUCUCCCAUCGCAAUCUCCAUCUCGUUUAGCCUGGCAUCAACGCCCACCCACCGAAGCAAUUCGUAAAUCUGAAACCACUGCGUCCCUUCCAACUAAAGCUCACACCAGAAGAAUGACACAAAAUCAAGGCUUAAACGAAUCCAGAAAUAGUCUUGUGGACAAAAGCGUACCACUGAAACAAUCUCGAAUUAUCGCCUUAAAUUCCCCUCUUUCCGGAGAUAUGGGAGGAUUCAAUCAAGUCAACUAUCAAUGUCAACGACAAGCGAUGAAGACUCAUUUGCAUGGGAUUUUUCGAGUGAUGCAUCUUCUUCCCGAAUCGUCAAUACUUUUUAAGGAUGAAGAUAGUCCUGUUUUUGUUAAUUUGAAAAAUGAGAGUUUAUCCGAUAAUUCAAAACUUUACUCAUUUAAUGGAAAAGAAGUUGAUCGAACUAAACGAUUCACAUGGGUCACUCCUUCCCAAAAAUCAACUACUGGACCAAAAAAGCAAAAUUGUCGAGGCUGGACUGACAGUUUACACGAGACAGGUUUCGUGUCGCUAAUUGAUGACGCUCUUCCCAAUAAAAGUGACCAGUACCUUCAUCCCACAAUGAGCGAAUUAAAGUCGGCAUCUCCCUGUGACAAAAAACAUGUCCUUCUCUGUGUCGAAUUUCUUCACAUGAAUCAAAUACACGUGAGACAUCGCAACAGUGGGUCGAGAAACCGACUUAGUUUUGACAAGUAUUUAGCAAUUCUUAAAAGUUAUGAUGCUUAAAAUGUGGUAAUUAAUAGGGGUAAUUAAGUAUUUUGUGUUCAGCUUUAAAUCAAAAUGAAAGAGAUAUAUCUGUAUUCAGUUCAGUUAAUUUUGACAGUAUGGAAAAUUAUGAUCUAAAAAUACAAACAAAAAAUAUCC